CUCUGCUCACUGCAACAAGCAACCCUCAACCACCAGAGCAACACGGCGCCUCAGUCAGUGAUCAGUAUCUUCAUGAUAAAGUCCAACAUGAAGUGGAUUACUCUUUAUCUCCUAACGCUCUAUUUCCCUACAACCAGAGCUGGCUGUAAACCUGAGGAUGUUAUCAAACACUGUAUGGAACAAAAUCCUGCAACGUGGACCGGAUGCUAUGAAAAUGGCAUUGCAGCGUGCAAACCAGAGGGCCGUUCCAUUGGGUUUGCUAAUGUCGACGUGAACCCAUCAGUCCAGGCUGCAGUGAGCCCCAUUUACAAUUACGAGGUCCGAAUCCCAUCGUCAGCUCUUCAGAAAAUCAGAAGAACACAACUGGAGGAAAAUGUCCAGGUGGUUGCCUCGGUGAUCAGCAGCACAUUAUUUCAGCAAACUCCUCAGAGCAAAGGAAGAACCAUAAUUCCCCAGCCGACUGUCAGAGUUUUUGAAGACUUGGUUUUCUUUGUGAGGGUUGGAAACCAGUCAGUCGCCAAUCUUACUGAACCGGUCCAGUUAAUCUUCUACCACAAAAAAACGGAUGACAAUGGAACAUGUGUGUUUUGGAAGGAGGAUGAAUCAGUGUGGAGCACUGAAGGCUGUUAUACCACUAAGACUGAAGAUGAAUUUAUCUGCAGCUGCAACCAUCUGAGCUUUUUUGCUGUGCUUGUGAAUCCAGAAGUGAAGGUGGAUAAACAUCACACUGAGGCCCUCAGCUACAUCACCUACGUUGGAUCGGCGCUCUCUGCCUUCUUUGCUUUCAUCAGCCUGUUCAUCUUUGUUGGUCUGCAAGGACGACGUUCUGAGAAGGCCCUCAGCAUCCACAUGCAGCUAACGGGGGCUUUGCUGUGUCUCCACCUCGGCUUCCUGAGUGCCACUUUAUGGACGUUUCUGCUAGAUAAGAACAAGUACAGCUGGGUUUGUGGAGGUCUGGGCCUCUUCCUGCACUGGUCUCUGCUGGCCACCUUCUGGGUGGCUCUGGAAGGAUUCCACCUUUACCUUCUCCUCAUCCGAGUCUUUAACAUCUACAUCAGAAGAUACCUGCUCAAACUCUGCUUGGUGGGAUGGGGUUUUCCUUCCCUGGUUGUGGUAAUUUGUGGGCCUUUAGAGGUCUAUGGCAGAUACACUCUGAGGGAUUCCAACAACCAAACAUCAGAAAUAUGCUGGAUGAACAGCGACUUCCCACAGACAAAGUUGGUCACGUACAUCACUGUGGCUUUUCUUUGCCUGGUAGUGCUGUAUAAUUUCUGCAUGCUGUUUCUGGUGGUGUUUAAAAUCCGGGAGUUACGACAUGGCAGAGGAGAUCGUGAGUCCAGCGACUGGAAGAAGAUGAGCAAGGAGACAAUGUCCAGGUUAUGGAAGGACGGCGCCACAGUUCUCGGCCUCAGCUGUGUACUGGGGUUGCCAUGGGGACUAGCCAGCCUCACUUAUGUGAACUUAACUGGAAUCUACUUGUUCACCAUCUUUAACUCUCUGCAAGGUCUAUUUAUGUUCCUGUGGUCAGUGGCUUUAUCAUGCAAGUCUCAAUCAGAAAACAACUCUUCAGUCCGAGAUCCUUCCACCCAGAAAAUGAUGACAACCAGCUUCAAUAACUGAAUCACUGAUUUUUGCUGUAUAAACAAACAGUGCCUAUAUUAGGUAUUACAAUUCUUUUAAAUGCAUUAUAAUAUUGCUAACAAUGUCUCUUUUUUGCUAAUGUUAGACUUUUCCAUAAGAUUGCUUUAAAAAGACAGCGCUCUAGAAAUAUUAUGUUCUUUAUGUGAAUAUUUGUUCAGUUUUUAUUAAAUAUAUCAGGAAAUAAAACCUGAUGUCCACCUGAUUGGAUGGACGUCUGUGUCCAUCCAAAGUUUCAGUUUAACUGAUAGAUUAAGUUUAACUGAUAGAUUGUUUUACUCAAGCAAACCUUUGGACAGCUGGGGUUUGGCUUCUGAGUGGGUGUUUGUUCAGUUCCUACAACCAUCCACCAGAGGGAGUCAGGAGGUUACUGUUCACCCGAGGUGAGGUGGACAUGAAGAGCGUUUACACACACCUACAAAUCAUCUGCUGCUUCAGCCAGAGCUGAAAAGGAGCCACUGUACAGUGCCUGAGUCUUCCUAGCUUUACAUUGUACAUUUUGCUAGACAUUGUCAAACAUUGAGAAGUUUGUUGCCAAACACACUGUUUUGAAGCCAAAAACCUCCGAAAGCCCCAGAGGUAAUGAAAUUAACAUUAAGAAAACCCCACAAAGGGAAGAACACACCUUCUAAUGCAAAAAAAAAAAGCUUUGUUUUACAGCAGAACAUCGAAUUGCUUUGUGCCAGAGAGAGCAAUUUUUGAUAAUCUGGGUGUAAUGCUGAUGUAACAUUCAGUAUGCAUUGAAU